AUGGAAUCUCUUGUUUGGGAUGACGAGAACCGCUGGGUAGGCAAGCAGCCCUGGUGGAAGGACGCAACCUUUUACCAAGUCUACCCCGCCAGCUUUAAGGACUCGGAUGGUGACGGUUGGGGAGAUCUUCCUGGUCUCAUUGCAGAGGUUGACUACCUCCAUGAGCUCGGCGUCGACGUCGUCUGGGUCUCCCCCAUCUUUGAGAGCCCCCAGGCCGACAUGGGCUAUGACGUUUCCGACUACCAAAAGAUCUAUGCGCCUUACGGCACCGUCGAGGACGUUGAUACCCUGCUGGACGAGUGCCACAGCCGCGGCAUGAAGGUCAUUCUCGAUCUCGUUGUCAACCAUACCUCUGUCGAGCACGAGUGGUUCAAGCAAUCCCGCUCGUCCAAGGAGAACCCCAAACGCGAUUGGUAUAUCUGGAAACCCGCACGCUACGAUGCCAAUGGCGUGCGGCAUCCGCCGACAAAUUGGCGCGGGUACUUUGCCGGCCCGACCUGGACCUGGGAUGAGCACUCCCAGGAGUACUACCUACACCUGUACGCCCCCGAUCAGCCCGAUUUGAACUGGGACAACGAAGCCUGCCGCGAGGCCAUCUACGAGGACACGAUGCGCUUCUGGCUGGAGCGCGGUGUCGACGGGUUCCGCAUCGAUACCGUCAACAAGUAUUCCAAACGUACAGACUACGUCGACGCCCCCAUCACCGAUCCCACAUCGCCGCACCAGCCCGCGCCGGAGAUGUGGUGCAACGGUCCCCGUAUCCACGAGUACAUCCGCGAGAUGAACCGUAAGGCCCUGGCGCCAUACAACGCCGUCUCCGUCGGCGAGCUGUCUCUGACGCCGCACCCGUCGCAGGUGAUCCCUUAUGUCUCGGCUGCGGCCAAGGAGCUGGACAUGGUCUUCGAGUUCUCCGUGAUCCGCCUCGGCAACGGGAACGGGUUCGGUGCAAAGUACAUCUACCAGCCGUUCCCGCUGUCGACGCUCAAGAAGUACACCGAAACAUGGCAGUCCUUCAUCGAGGGGACGGACGCUUGGGCGACGGCGUUUUGCGAGAACCACGACAACGGCCGCGCGGUGUCGAGGUUCGGCGACGAUUCCACCCCGGAGCUGUGGCUUGCUUCGGCCAAGACUAUUGCGCUGUGGCAGGCCACCAUGUCCGGGACGCUGUUCUUAUACCAGGGCCAGGAGAUUGGCAUGACCAAUAUGCCGGCCAGCUGGGGUAUCGAGGAGUAUAAAGAUAUUGAGAGCGGCAACUUUUACUCAGAGGCAUUCAAGUCCGGAGACAAGGAGCGGAUCGAGAAGACGAUGCACGGCCUGCGCAUCCUGGCGAGGGACCACGCGCGGACACCGUUCCAGUGGGACGAUGGUCCGAACGCGGGCUUCUCGAGGGAGGGCGCGAAGCCAUGGAUGAGGGUGCACGACGACUACAGGUCCAUCAACGCAGCGAAGCAGCGAGGCGACCCGGACUCCAUCCUGUCGUUUUACAAGAGGGUGCUGAGGCUGAGGAAGCAGCACCGUGAUGUGUUCGUCUUUGGAUCGCACCGGUUGAUCGACCCGGAGAACGAGAGGACGUGGGUCAUACUCAAGGAGAGCCCAGCGCCGGUGAACGGCAAUGAGGGUGGUGUGAGGAGGAAGGCGCUCGUUGUGAUGAACUUUUCAAAAGUUGAGGUGGAGAGUGUCGAGGAUGUGCCGGCGUUGCUUGGGUGCGAGGCGCCCGAGGUGCGGUUGUUAGUUGCGACGAGGGAGGGUGGGGAGUUGGUGAAGGGGGUGGCGCCCCCGUUGAAGGGGUGGGAAGCGAGAACUUAUACCAAUUUUGAGAUUUAG